AACAAACUUGUCUGUUACUUAAUUCUGUACCAGAAAUGUUCCUGUGUUGGAUGUCACUCCCUCUCAAACAUACAUGGUGGUUCAAAACAGUCCUUCAAGUGCACCCUCCCCAUACUGCAACACAACACUUGACCAUCAGCGACAGACCAUUGUGAUUCCUGAUACACCCAGUCCUGCUGUUAGUGUUAUCACCAUUCGUAGUGACACAGAUGAAGAGGAAGAAACGAAGCAAAAGGUUGGAAGCUCUAGCAUGAAACAGAGAUCAAAUGUCAUCAGUUACGUCACUGUCCUUGAUUCUUUAGAAUCUGACUCCUCAAACAGUAACAGUCCCUAUCCAUGUGAACGCCCUCGAGCAACGCAAGUUAUAAGCAGUACACAGGAAGCCUCUAAAAGGACUUUGGAUGCCAGUCAUAGUUCCGGAUCUCGUACAAUCAUUGUACAGCCUUUGAAGCCUCAAGUCAGUGACAGUAUGGGAGAAAGCAACAGUUUGUCAGGCUUUUUCUCGAAUGUUUAUAAGGCGAAAACGGGCAUGCCUAUGAGUGGUCAGACUUCAAGCUCAACAACACCAACCACGUACCGUCAGCGGCAGCCUCUGAACCUCAGUCAGGCCCAGCAAUCCGUCUCUCAAGAGCGAAGUGUGAAUCCUGCUCCCCGCAGGCAACAGGCAUAUGUGACACCAACUCUUGCUCAACCUCCUUACUCUUUCCAGCAUAAUAGUCCCACUCAUCCAGGGGUUCACCCUCACCUGACGGCUGUAUCAGCCCCUACGCACCUUUCAGGCCAACCCCACAUGUAUACCUACACACCAACUGCUGCUGCAUUGGCAACCUCCAGCUCCAUGGCCCAUCUUCUGAACCAACAAAGCUCAUCGAGACAUGCCAUGCAACAAGCCACGUACACGGCUCAUCCAACCAGUCUCCUCCAACAGGUGCCAGUCAGCAUGGGCCCAAAUCUUCUGCCAUCUGCCAGCGUUGCUCCCAGUCAAUACCAGCAUCCAUUUGCUACCCAGUCAUACAUUAAUGCUUCCAGGGCACCUACUCUUUAUGCUGGCUAUCCACUCAGUCCCACUAAAAUAAAUCAGUAUUCUUAUCUGUAGCUUUCUUAUUUGCAAAUGUGCUGUGCUACUGUACGAGAUCUAGACAAAUCCAGUUUUGUAUGAAGGAGGAGUACACUUCAUUCCAUUAGACAGGACUCUUCUGUGGUGUCAUGUUUUGCUUCUGAACUGGGUCACAAGUCUGCAGAGCAUCCAGCAGUGAGGAGACUUGGUUUUUAACCCUUUUUUAAAGAAAAAAAGGAUAUUGGAAAUAGACCACAUUUUAAAUAUUUUACAAUGAUUUGGAAAUAAUUUUCAGAACCAACAGAAAUGUUGUUUGUUUUUAAAUGUACUGUUGCUUUACUUUUGCCAGCUCUUUGCCUGAACACACUGAUGAAUCUGCUACUUGAAAUAGGUUUAUGCUGCUCAAAGUGUUAAUACUAUUGCUUAGGAAAUUUAAAUAAUGCAUUUUUUCUAGGCCUAUUACAUAAUAAAAUGGCAAGUAAUGGAUGCAUCAUUUAGAUUGAAAAGUUGAAGCCUAAACAAAUUCUGACUUGCAUAACUCAUUAAUCUUCAAGCAUAUCACUGUUUUAUUGUAUUUUGGAACAUUUGUGAGAGGGCUUCAAAAUUAAAGAAAAAUUACUUUUGAAUAGUAUGUAAAAUAGUUUGAAAUGUCACAUUUUUAGAGUUUAGUUGCAACAUUAAUUUUGUAUUAAUCUGGAUUUCUUAAAGUAUUGGUUUCUGGACAGUACAUGUAAUUAAGCACGAAAAUAAGAAAUGAAAACAUCUACUUGCUCUUCUGAGAAGUGAUUCAGUUGAACAUUUCAAUCAUCUGGUGCUGUCGUCCAUACAGGAUUAGUGAGCUUUAUUUAAAGCUACAGGUUUAAGAACCAUUUAGUCACUUUUCAGUGAGCAUAAAUUUAAGCAGUUGCUUAUGUAAAUUUCACUUGCCUGUAUGUUCUUCGUAGUUGAUCAAGAAUUGUUGAGGAUGAAAAGCUUACUAAAAUGAAUUGGAAGCUGGAGAAGUGGUGAAUAAAUAUGGUCACUGCUGUAUUAUUAAAUAUUGAGUAAACUAUUCCAAGUCAUCCUUACUUUAAACCUGUGGAGGACAGGUGUGUAUUUUAAUUGUGUAGCACAUACUAUGCCAUUACACAGAGCCCAGGGAUUUAAGGUGUAUUCUGGCACCUACAUCACCGCUAGAACCUUUUGUGCGCUGUGUAGAUUUCAUUUGGGCAUCAAUAGUGCUGAUUUGUAAUAUAAAAUAACUAAAUGCAUGCACACACCCUAAAACUGUGUUUAAAUCCUAUUCUACAUCAUGUUCCAGAGCCAUUUUGAUCCCUCCCCUGCCUAACUUGUUGGUAUCUUUAGUGUGUCAUGCAGAUUUGAAGGUGUGUUACACACCAUCACUGUAUAGACUUUCAAUCACUAGUGCCUGUGGCAUUGAGUUAUGUCAGUUAUGCUUGUGUAAUUUGCCAUGACAUUACUGCCAUAAUAUCCUAUUUAUGUAUAGGACUAGUUCAAUUAGUUCCAGCAACUAAUACAGCUUUAGCAUCAGAGCUGCUGAAGCAGACGUGUGACUCUUACAGUUUCAACAGAACUAGCUACAACAGUCUGAUCAAAAAUGUAAAUUAUGAUACUUGAAUUCUGUAUUUUUUGUAACUCAAAAUUUAGUUCCUGAUCACCCCAGAGGGAUUUUUUUUAACCUGUCAAUUUAAAAGAAAUUAAGUUGGAACGUGUUGGAAUGUACAUGCAGUGUCUUUGGAUACAUUUUUGGAACUUUAUUAAAUGUUAUAGCACUGAUGAAGAAGUAAUUGUGUUUGAAAAAAAGUGGUUGCAGAACAGGCAUCAUCCGUGUGUUCUGGAUGGGAGUAAUUCUUUGACUCAGUUUUUGCACAGGUGUGAAUGUUGUGGGGGCUUAUUUGAUGAGUUCUUUCCCCUAGUUAGUGCCUUAACAGAUUUUUACAUAGUACAUUAAAUUAAAACUUUUACACUGUGCUUUAGAGAAUCCCAACUUGUUACAGUUAGAUCAUUUGGACUUGUGUGUGCAUAGAAGGCCUCUCGGGAAUACAAAACAAAGUGAUGGGAGGGUAGCACAGGAAAGCGUAUCGUGCUGUUGAAACAGACUUUAAAACGUUUAAGUUUGUCUUUUUAAAAAAAAUCAGUUGAGUAUUUUAAUUGAAGUUUGUUUUAGUUUAAGAAAGGGAGAUGGAAUUUGAAACAGUAUUCUUGUUUCUGUUUUGAAGUUUUAAAUUUUUAUUUUCAUUUGGCACAUAUAACUAUGCUCCUUUUAAUGCAGCAAGCUACUUAGAAUGUGAAAAUGCAUGUAUCCAUGUACUGUCUUCUGAACUUCAGUUCCUUUUGAUUUUUACCUUAUUAUUAAGUUACAAUGGUAUGGCUGAGCGUAUUGUACUUACGUGAGGAUAGUGCAGUGUUUUGGUUUGUUUAAUGGAUUUUCAGAUGAGGAAAAUUAUGUGCAAUUAGCUUUAGGUGGUUGUGGUUCUUCUCGAUGUGUAAUUUUUUAAAAUUUAUUUUUCAAUAGUGUAUGGAUGCUAAUAUUCCUUGUGGCAGUAGGAUGCUGUCUGAGUAAACCCUUUGAAAGGCGACUACCCAGAUUUUGGCUUCAUGCAGGCAAAUUGCCUGUAAAGCACAUGUUCAUCACACCAAAGAAAAGCCUAUUUAUUCUGCCUCAUUUAUAGGGCAUGGAAUAAGUGGUAUUGCUUAACAGAUAUGCAAAGUAUUUGCUAAUCUUAAAUUACAACUUUAAAAAACAAAAUCUGCUAUUCAAUCCAACAAGCUAACAUUCUUGUUUGCAAACAGCUGCUCUGCUCCACUCUGAAUUUGAAAGGAAAGUAUUACUUACACUACUUCCCUUACUUGGUGUUGAAAGUGUUUAUGAAAGCCAUUUUUUCUUUUUGUUUCCUUACUUAACUCUUAUUUCAUGCCCUGAUUUCAUAAGGUUGCAGGGAGUUGAUGUGCACCUGGCAAUCUCCCAGAGAAAUGGCUUUUAGAAAAUGUCUUUGUCAAAUACCUCUGGUGUUGUAAAACCUGUCUUGUUUCAAGGUUGACCGGGAGAUGGUGUUUUGUGGGUGUUUCUGUAGGAAAGGCAUUAUUCCUAUGUAUAUGUUUGGAGAGCACAGAUCUACAUUAGAAUUUAUCUCGCGCAAUACCAGCAUUAUAAAAUGAUAAACUGGUAGAAAUGUGAGGGUUUACAGAAAUACACUAGCCUGCUGGUUCAGAUGUUUUUUUGAAAAAAAUUAAAUUUCUAACAAGAAACAAACAUUCCGCCAGUGCUUCUAUAACCAGGUAAAUAUUUGUACAGCAUUUUUAGAGUGCUCCACCUUACGGAACUUUUAGAUGUCAAGAACGUUGAGGCCUGUACUUUCCAGUCCGCACAAGCUGGGUUUGUAUAAUGCAAACUAAGGUGUGAGGAUGAACCUAUUAGUUUCAGAAAGAAUAUCGUUCUCUCUAAGCUGAGCACAAUAUAUGUGUGAAUCCUGUUUUGUAUUUGGUUCGUGGCAUGCAGGUUCACAACUCCAGCUGAGUGGAGAGAGCUCCAUAGGCCAGCAAAAUCUGUACAGCAGACUUAUAAUACAUUGAGUUGGUUAAUGCUGUUCACUGAUACAGUCAUAGUGAGGUAAAGUGGUGCUCAAAAAUCUGGUGACUCUUACUUAAAAUUUCACUACUGUCAAGUAUUUUUACUUCAUGAAAAAUCUAGUUUGACCAGUUGCUGAAAGCUACUAACUCCUCUAACCCAUCUACUCCUUCACGCUCCCUUUAGAUGCCGUACCAUCUCGAAUCCAGGGAAACUAAAUAUAUAUUGACAUUCUGGGACUUUGUAUUGGAUUUCUACUGAGCCAGAUGUUCCCCUUUACCUCUCCCAAGACUCUGCAAAGUGCUGUCAUGAUGUAGCAUUUCGUAGUCUUGUUGUAUUACAUCUAUCUUGUUGGUUCAGUGAAGAGCAUUUGACCUUGUAAAAUGGGACAUUUAUUUUUUAAAACCAACAUUCGUACACGUGAGCUUAAAGAAAAACAUGUUUUAAAAGCUACAGCUAAGCACCUUUUAAAUCUUUGCUGUCAAUAAAUGAUUCAUGCCCUGUCAAUGGGAAAUGCACUUGCUGUAGAUUGAGAUGUAUGUUGUUUUUUUUAUCCUGUCCACAAAGUAGGAUACUCCACUUCCAAAGGAGUAGCCCCAGUUAACAGCACAGCAAAGUACCAAUGAAGGGUUGAGUUUCUGCUGUCACUAAUUAUCAGAUGUUGCCAAUGGAGAGUCUCACCAUAUUAGAUUUCUGCCCAGUUCUGGAUUCUUGUGGCUAAACCUGCUUUGGGAUGGAGCAAAAUGCAAAAUUUUGGAAAUUUAGUUUUAUUUAUGAAAACAUUUGCCCAAGGAAUAACACUGGUUUUGACCAUAAAAUGAGGUCGAAUAGACCUGUAGGUAAACUUUUGCCAGUGUCCUCGCACCUUUAUGUACUACUUUGUAACAAAUUUUUUGUCAAUGUUUUGUAAGGAAACCAUCUGUAUCCUGUGUAAGUCAUUUAGUAUCUAAAAUGUACAUUUAAAGAGAUAGUCAGAGGCCCACACUGGUUGUAUUUAAAACAAUUGACAUGGAAUUUAAAUAGCACCUGAUGAACCUUGUCACAGCCACCUUUGAAUACAAAUGCAGCUUGCUUGCUUCUUUAGAAGAGGAGGAUGGAGGGAUUGGAAUUUAAACCAACAUUAAUCAUGGAUAACUUCAAGCUAAUUAUGUAGUCAAAUGUUGAUUAUCUUUAUUUGAAAAAAAAUCUAACAAAUUUGUUUUAAGCUUGACUGAGCAUUUCCAGGAAUUGAAGGUUGCUGCACUGAUUCAAACACCAUUUUCCAGGAGUUUUUUGUUUCACAUAACCUGUGUAGGGCUGUAAAAGCACUGUCUCUUUAAAAUCUAUAUAAACAGUAUAUAUUUAUAGGGUUGACUUAUAUAUGGUUACAUAUGGGUGUGUCAUUAUUUACUGUUGGCUGGAGCAUGUUCUCAUUAUUUUGCUGUAUGUGUCUGCAUUUACUAAUGCUAAUCAUAUGUGGGUGGACUUUAGUGUUUUUUUUAAUAGUAUGAUUGUAGCGAAUGCAACAAUUGUUAGUAGCAUACUUGGCUUGUAUCAUUGAUAUUGCUAUAAUAGGUUAUUUGACUGGUUUGUAUAAUGUUAUUUGCUACUCUAGUUCUUGUAUGAACUGCAGUUUCUUACUUUUUGAUAUAGCUAUGUGAUUAUCACAUGUAAUGUGUAGGCAGCUCAUAGAAAUUAUUGAUUUUUCUAUGGUAGUCUGGCAGUUAAACUGUAGAGGUUAUUGUAAAAUAAUAAAUUUAACAAAAGAUAAAGAGAUUAUAGUUAUUUAAAAAAAGUUCAUAAUACUAACUUUAAACUGGGAAAAGGGGUCCAUUGUGAUGAAACUGUUUAUCUUGUAAUUCACUGUUUUAUUGUCUUUGGUUUCCAAAGUAGCUUGUCUUCUGAUUGAAGUAUUUUCUACAUAUGUUAAACAUGCAUUGAGUUACCAAUAAAAUGGGCUACAUUUGUGUA